AGAUGUUCUGGUGGUGAACCAGGAACUCUCCAUGGUUUUCAUUUGCUGAGAAGCCAUUGAAGGGAAAUGAACAUUAAACCUGAAGUGAAUGGACCUGACUGGACUUUUUGAGCCCAUCAAUAAACAUGAGCGGUACCAAGCCUGAUAUUUUGUGGGCACCACACCAGGUUGAUAGAUUUGUUGUAUGUGACUCAGAACUCAGCCUUUAUCAUGUGGAAUCGGCUGUGAAUUCAGAACUCAAAGCUGGAUCAUUGCGUCUAUCUGAAGACUCUGCAGCUACAUUACUGUCAAUAAAUUCAGAUACACCCUAUAUGAAAUGUGUUGCAUGGUAUCUCAAUUAUGAUCCUGAGUGUCUCCUUGCAGUAGGACAAGCAAAUGGUCGAGUUGUACUUACAAGUCUUGGUCAAGAUCAUAACUCUAAGUUUAAAGAUUUGAUAGGAAAAGAAUUUGUCCCAAAACAUGCUCGACAAUGCAAUACUCUCGCAUGGAAUCCACUGGAUAGUAACUGGCUUGCUGCUGGUCUAGACAAGCACAGAGCUGACUUUUCAGUUCUAAUAUGGGAUAUCUGCAGCAAAUAUACUCCUGAUAUUGUUCCCAUGGAAAAAGUGAGACUUUCAGCAGGUGAAGCUGAAACAACAUUAUUAGUAACAAAACCACUGUAUGAGUUAGGGCAAAAUGAUGCUUGUCUAUCUCUUUGUUGGCUUCCACGAGACCAGAAACUUCUCCUUGCUGGCAUGCAUCGCAACCUCGCCAUAUUUGAUCUUCGGAACACAAGCCAGAAGAUGUUUGUAAAUACAAAAGCUGUACAAGGAGUGACAGUAGACCCAUACUUCCAUGAUCGUGUUGCUUCCUUCUAUGAAGGUCAGGUUGCAAUAUGGGAUCUUAGAAAAUUUGAGAAGCCGGUUUUGACUUUGACUGAGCAACCAAAGCCCUUGACAAAAGUAGCAUGGUGUCCAACUAGGACAGGUCUGCUUGCCACUUUAACAAGGGAUAGUAAUAUUAUUAGGCUGUAUGAUAUGCAGCAUACACCCACUCCCAUUGGGGAUGAAACAGAACCCACAAUAAUUGAAAGAAGUGUGCAACCUUGUGACAAUUACAUUGCUUCCUUUGCAUGGCAUCCGACAAGUCAAAAUCGAAUGAUAGUUGUGACUCCCAACCGAACAAUGUCUGACUUCACUGUUUUUGAAAGGAUAUCUCUUGCCUGGAGCCCAAUUACAUCAUUAAUGUGGGCUUGUGGUCGUCAUUUGUAUGAAUGUGCAGAAGAAGAAAGUGAUAAUUCCUUAGAAAAAGAUAUAGCAACCAAAAUGCGCCUCCGGGCUUUAUCAAGGUAUGGACUUGAUACAGAGCAGGUAUGGAGAAACCACAUUUUAGCUGGAAAUGAAGACCCACAGCUCAAGUCACUCUGGUAUACUCUGCACUUUAUGAAGCAGUAUACAGAAGAUAUGGAUCAAAAAUCUCCAGGCAACAAAGGAUCAUUGGUUUAUGCAGGAAUUAAAUCAAUAGUAAAAUCAUCUUUGGGAAUGGUGGAAAGCAGCAGACAUAAUUGGAGUGGCUUGGAUAAGCAAACUGAUAUUCAGAACUUAAAUGAAGAGAGGAUUUUAGCAUUACAGCUUUGUGGGUGGAUAAAGAAAGGAACAGAUGUAGAUGUGGGGCCAUUUUUGAACUCUCUUGUGCAAGAAGGAGAAUGGGAAAGAGCUGCUGCUGUGGCUUUGUUCAACUUGGAUAUUCGACGAGCAAUCCAAAUCCUGAAUGAAGGAGCAUCUUCAGAAAAAGGAGACCUGAAUCUCAAUGUGGUAGCCAUGGCUUUGUCAGGGUACACGGAUGAGAAGAACUCCCUCUGGAGGGAGAUGUGCAGCACACUCCGACUGCAGCUCAACAACCCCUACCUGUGUGUCAUGUUUGCCUUUCUGACAAGUGAAGCGGGGGCUUACGAUGGGGUCUUGUAUGAAAACAAAGUUGCAGUACGUGACAGAGUGGCAUUUGCUUGUAAAUUCCUUGGUGACACUCAGUUAAAUAAAUACAUCGAAAAGCUGACCAACGAAAUGAAAGAGGCUGGCAAUUUGGAAGGAAUCUUGCUUACAGGCCUCACUAAAGAUGGAGUGGACUUGAUGGAGAGCUAUGUGGAUAGAACUGGAGAUGUCCAGACGGCAAGCUACUGCAUGUUACAGGGUUCACCUUUAGAUGUUCUUAAAGAUGAAAGGGUUCAAUAUUGGAUUGAGAAUUACAGAAAUUUAUUAGAUGCCUGGAGGUUUUGGCACAAACGAGCUGAAUUUGAUAUUCAUAGGAGUAAGUUGGAUCCCAGUUCCAAACCUUUAGCACAGGUGUUUGUGAGUUGUAAUUUUUGUGGCAAAUCAAUCUCCUACAGCUGCUCCUCAGUGCCUCACCAGGGCAGAGGCUUUAGUCAGUAUGGUGUGAGUGGCUCACCAACCAAAUCGAAAGUCACAAGUUGUCCUGGCUGUCGAAAACCCCUUCCUCGAUGUGCACUUUGCCUCAUUAAUAUGGGAACACCUGUUUCUAGCUGUCCUGGCGGAUCCAAAUCAGAUGAAAAAGUGGACUUGAGCAAGGACAAAAAGUUGGCUCAGUUUAACAAUUGGUUUACCUGGUGUCACAAUUGUCGGCAUGGUGGGCAUGCCGGACAUAUGCUUAGUUGGUUCAGGGACCAUGCAGAAUGUCCAGUAUCUGCAUGCACGUGUAAAUGUAUGCAGUUGGAUACAACAGGAAAUCUGGUACCAGCAGAGACUGUUCAGCCUUGAAAUGCUACACCUAAAGAGAAACCUUCAAGUGUGGAGUUUUUAAUAGAUGUCCUCCAUAGUUCAGAAACAUACCUCAGAACAAGUCAC